CAUCUACUAUUUCUUCUCUCAUCUCACCGCCUUUCCUUACCUUCUUCCAAUCUAUCCCCUUUCGCAAAACCCUAAAAAUUUCGCUCUAAUCUUUUUUUUUUUCAAUCUUUCCCAAAAAUCUCUGUGAUUUCUCUGAAUCCUGUAGCUGUUAGUGCGUUCCUCCCAAAAAUCGAAGAUGUCAAGUGCGUUGGAUAUGUCAUUAGAUGAUCUGAUCAAGAACAACAAGAAAUCUGGAGGAGGAAGAGGUGGUGAAGGAGGAAGAGGUAGUGGUGGUAGUAGUAGAGGGCGAGGAGGUCCUGGUCCCGCACGUAGAUUUCCAAAUCGCGGUGCAAACAGGACCACUCCUUAUUCAAUGGGAAAGCCGGUUCAUGCACCAGAUUCAGCGUGGAAGCACGAUAUGUUUUCAGAUCAAGCUGCUCCGUUUCAAGGUGGUGGUGCUGGUAGAGCUUCUGGGAUAGAGACAGGAACCAAGCUAUACAUCUCCAACUUAGAUUAUGGUGUUUCCAAUGAGGAUAUUAAGGAACUAUUUUCUGAGGUUGGUGACCUGAAAAAAUGUUCAAUCCACUACGAUAGGAGUGGGAGAUCAAAGGGAACAGCAGAAGUGGUCUUUUCACGAAGGAAUGAUGCUUCUUCAGCUGUCAAGAGAUACAACAAUGUGCAGCUUGAUGGGAAGCCGAUGAAAAUAGAGAUCGUAGGGACAAAUAUUGGAGCUCCUGGUGCUAGGCCGCCUCCGACCAAUGGCAUAAUUGGAAGUCCAAAUGGUGCACCCAGAAGUAUACAUGGAAGAAUGGGUGGACUUAUCACACGACCCCGAGGAGGUGCUGCAGGAGGCCGUGGUUUUGGAGGCAGGGGACGUGGUCGUGGUAGAGGAGGUCGCAGUGAGCCGGUGUCUGCAGAUGCUCUUGAUGCCGACCUGGAAAAGUAUCAUACAGAAGCAAUGCAAAUAAACUAAAAAUGCUGUUUCCUGUCUAAAGUUAAUGCUGCAUUUCCAAGUGUUCAUGUAUUUUUACCGAAGUGACUUCUUUGAGAGAAAGGGGAAAACAUGUUGGAGAGAAUAUUCAGUAUCUAGUUUUAUGUACUAGAGUGUCUGUGAUUGUAGCCAAUUAUUAUGUGCUUUUACUGUUGUACUUAAUUGAUUGCUGUCAGCUGAAUUUAAAUCUGUUUCCGCUAGCUUUCUGGUUUUGUCCAAGUUAUAACUUCUGUUGGGGGAUGUGUGAAGGAACAAAUGCUUGAAGUGCUAGACCAUCUAUGAAGAUUAAGGGUAUCAGUUCUUGUACAUUAUUAUGAGAAACCUGUGGUUGAAGUCAAGGAAGUCUUCUUAACUGUUUUUACUUAGGUUGCUUGUUUUUUACUUUCAACUUUUACCAUGUACCUGGAUUAUUCUUGUAAUAGGUAUGUUGUACAUGAUGUGUUUUUAACUGUCGUCUUGAUUAGAGAUAAUUGUUGGGUUUCACACUGUAACUGCCACUUUUCUUUUCGAGUACAAGGGUAAGGGUUAUUUGUGUAA